AUGCCGGCUGUGCAGGCAUGGAGCCUGCUCCCAGGAGAGGCUUAUAAUCUGAAGGAGGUUGCCAGGGACUCCCUUCGGCUUCAGCGAACUGCCAGCAGCUGUCAGUGGGUGGAAGAAGCCAGCCUUGCCCCAGGCCAGCUGUACACAUAUCCUGCCCGCUGCUGGCGUAAGAAGAGACGAUUGCACCCACCUGAGGAUCCGAAACUGCGGCUGCUGGAAAUAAAACCUGAAGUGGAGCUGCCCCUGAAGAAGGAUGGGUUCACCUCAGAAAGCACUACCCUGGAAGCCUUGCUCCGCGGUGAGGGAGUGGAGAAGAAGGUGGAUGCCAGGGAGGAAGAGAACAUCCAGGAAAUACAGAGGGUUUUAGAAAAUGAUGAAAAUGUAGAAGAAGGAAAUGAAGAAGAGGAUUUAGAAGAGGAUAUUCCCAAGCGGAAGAAUCGGACCAGAGGACGGGCCCGUGGCUCCGCAGGUGGCAGGAGGAGGCACGACGCCGCCUCACAGGAAGACCAUGACAAACCUUACGUCUGUGACAUCUGCGGCAAGCGCUACAAGAACCGGCCGGGACUUAGCUACCACUACGCUCACACUCACCUGGCCAGCGAGGAGGGGGAUGAGGCCCAAGACCAGGAGACCCGGUCCCCACCCAACCACAGAAACGAGAACCACAGACCCCAGAAAGGACCAGAUGGGACAGUCAUUCCCAAUAACUACUGUGACUUCUGCUUGGGGGGUUCCAACAUGAACAAGAAGAGUGGGAGGCCGGAGGAGCUGGUAUCCUGUGCAGACUGUGGACGCUCUGCUCAUUUGGAAAGAGGAGAAGGCAGGAAGGAGAAGGAGGCAGCGGCCGCAGCACGCUCCACGGAGGACUUAUUCGGUUCCACGUCAGAGAGUGACACCUCGACUUUCCACGGCUUUGACGAGGACGAUUUGGAAGAGCCUCGCUCCUGCCGAGGACGUCGCAGUGGCCGGGGCUCGCCCACAGCUGAUCAAAAGGGCAGUUGCUAAACGCACGGGACGCACUCUCUGGGCAAUUAGCCAUCACCCUGUGACUUUGGUCAUUGUUCUGGUUCUGAUUGUUUUUUUUUAAGUGAAAGACAGUUUAGAUUUUCCCUUCAUCCUGGCUUUUUCCUCUCACCUUCCACUCGUUCCUCUCCUCCUUUCCCUCUAUUUAGGGUACGUACAGCAGAAGCACAAACUACUGAAAAGAAGCAGAACGAAAGAGCAGAAUUAACAGUCCUUCAGAGAGACGGCAUUGUGAUGUACUAUUUAUUUUCCAUAGAUAUGGGAAGUUAGGUGGAUUAGCUCUUUUUUGGGGGGGGGGAUCUUUUUGACAUGAGCAGAGUUGAUUUCCUCAGUUUCCCUAUUUAUUGGCAAAAUGAAGAGAGGAGGAACCUUGGGUUUGGAAACAAAGAACCAAUAAUGUUUAAAAAAUGAUUAUUUAUAUAUUCUAGCUAUUAUUAGUAGACCUCCUUUUUUUUGAGACAGUGAGGGAGAGAGAAGGGAAAUCAAAUAAAUGAAAGUAAUAUUCCACGUAGAAGAAAGCCUCCGUGGGGGAGGAGUGAUCCAAGGUGACCCCAUCGGGAGGAGGUCCUCGAUCGGAGAGGGUGGCACCAUCUGCACCCCAUGGAGUCGGCGGCUCCCCACAGCAGACCCCUCCCCACUUCUCCUCCUCGACCUUGCCAUCUUCCUCCCCGUUUGCAAGAACGUGUCAGCAGCUCCUGGGAAGCCGGGCCGCCCAUGUGUGGCCUCCGUCCAGUGCCUGGGCCCCCCAGCAGCGUCUGUGGGAUCCUCUUCCUCCAUCAGCAGAGCUGCUGUUUUAUUGUUGCUGGUUCUUUCCUCGCCUUCCUCCUGGCGAAGAGCGAUUUCCAAACUCAGGAAUGGACUCCGAGCGGAAAGUCAGGGACUCAGCAGCGACAAAACCACCCGAGGAUGCGCUCAUGGAAGAAAGAACGUUACCUCACCGCAGAGCUCCCUCUCCCCUCGCCCCUGUCUAAAAACACACAAAUACCCGUUGGAUGAUGAGUCUCCCAUGUUUCUUCUAUUUUUUAUAGUGCCCUCCAGGCACUUUGUUUUAUGUUUCCAGUAGCACCUCCUGAAAUAAACCAAAGCAACACUUGCUCAAGGCCCCUGGGGUGAUGAAGACCAUCCGCCUCGUUGCCAGUCCCAAGGAUGAACAGCUGUAUGGUCCUUGUCCAAAGUCAACGCUCUGACCUGGAGACUCCGGCAUCCUUCAAGCAAGCCGUAUGUGAAGAAGGUGGAGAGAAGCCACGAGAAUCAGCACCUCCUCUUCCUCUUCCUCCUCCUCCUUCUCCUCUUCCCUUGCCUGGCCCCCUCCUGCGCAUGUGUUUCCGCCAACACAGGAGCCCGGAUUGAGGACAAGCCUCCAGUGCAACUCAGCUCGGCUCAGAGAAGUCUCGGGAAUGGCCUCACUUUGUGCAAUAAGAAGACUUUUUUUUUUUUUAAUUCUCCAUUACAUUUUUUUUUUUAAAGUGUCUGUGAGAAAAUAUCCAGGUCAGACUGGAAUGGCUCUACCGUAGAAAUAACUGAACACAAACAGACUUACAGGAAAAAAAAAAAAAGAGUUAACUAUUUUAUUUAUUUCAAUAUUUAAAAGAAAAGGUGCUGAUGUGGCACAGUAUUUUUGUUUAAAGUACCUUCAACUUCAAAAGUUAAAAGCAAUUUUUGUGAAGACAUGAAAAUCAAUAGAGGACUUACUGUAAAAUAAAGACUGCAUAUUAACUCUAAGGAAAAAUACCCCACAUUUUUAAUAAGAGAAUAAAGAUCAACUCUGCUCUCUCAGGCUUUUAAAAAAGCCAUUCAUGUAUGUUCUUUAGGUAUUUUUAUUUCUGCAAGUUGGAAGUGGUAAGUGAGGAGUGAUCAGUUUUUUUUUUCUCCUUCUGCAAAAGUCUAUUGAAAGUGUUUGAUUAUGUGUUAAGACUUGACUGAAAUAAAUUAGCCACAAGGGCUAUCAGCAGUCUCUCCGCUCCCCCCUAAAACAGUCAAACUAACAAACUCUCCCCUCACCCCAGGCAAGCCCCAUUUAUCUGAUGUCAAGAAGCAGCCUGCCUCCUGGUUAUCGUGUCUGAUGAGGCCUGGUUCUGAAAGGAAUUCCAUCUAGCGAUUAAAUAUAUCUCUGCAAGUUCAACAGAUUUAAACACAGACAGCUUUGUUUAAAAUAACCCAGUGAAGAAAGAAAAAGAGAGGAGAAAAAAAAAAGAGAACGAAAAAUAAGCAUUUGCUGGGAUGAUAUUAAGUCUGUUCCCUAACAACUCCUAGAGGAGACUUGCAAAGGGAGCCCUCUGCUGAUCUGGCUUCUAGAUGUCCCCACGGGCGAGGAAGGCCAGCCUGACGGAUGGAAAGCUCACAUUCAGCUGCUGAUGGGGAGAAAGGCGGGUGAACUGUCUUUUUAUGGCCCUGUUAGUGGAAGUGAAUGUGGCCUAUGAAACACAUUCAACAUUGUGUCUGCGGCCUAGUGAAGGAGCUGGGGUGACUGGGCCACUAGGUUUUGCUCCCCGUCUUAUACAUUCAGGCUCUUGAGUUUCCCUCACUGCUAAGCAGAGUUAUAAUAAUCAAUGUACCAUCUAACGCUGGGGGUGACAGUGUUAGUGGGAUGGUUCUGAGCCCGAGAAGCUCUCUUUCACUUUAGCAAAGGGAGAUUGGAGGGGCACAGAAUUCUUGCCAGUCUGUUCAAGGCCAGUCCCUGGGGGAGAUCACCAAGAGUAUCUUUUUUUAAAUCAUUUUGUUGUCCUUUCUGUGACAUUUUCUGAUAGAAAAUGUCUUUUAUCAAAAUGAUAAUUAUAAUAAUAAUCCACUCUCCAACCAGCUCCCACAAGUUAUAACAUGCGUAGAAUUGUGAUCAAGUUUUGCAUAAUGUAGGGUUUGUAUCAAGUUUGUGUAAGUUUCGGUUAAAAUAAAAGCCUGUUUCCAAUGCUUCUAUA